AUGGAUGAAUUGAGAAUCAAACAAGAAGAAUUUGAUGACGAAAUAAUCAAAAUUGAACAACAAUUACACACAGAAUUGAUCAUUAAAAAUGAAAGUGAUGAUGAAAUGUUUGAAGAAAAAGAAAGUGAUAUAAAUUAUCAAGAAAAACAUAAACUAACACCUACUGAAGAAAAACCAUUUUCUUGUGAUGGUGAUACUGAGGAAAAAUCAUUUACAUGUCAUGUUUGUGAGAAAAAAUUUAACCGACAAAAAAAUUUAGUUCGGCAUAAACGAACGCAUACUGGGGAAAAGCCCUUUUCAUGUCAUGUUUGUGAAAAAAAAUUUACCCGACAAGCAAGUUUAAUUACUCAUAAACGAAUACAUACUGGAGAAAAACCAUACUCAUGUAACGUUUGUGAGAAAAAAUUUAACCAACAAGCAAAUUUAAUAACGCAUAAACGAACACAUACUGGGGAAAAGCCCUUUUCAUGUCAUGUUUGUGAGAAAAAAUUUUGUAGAAAAGUUAAUUUAAUUGAACAUAAACGAACGCAUACUGGGGAAAAGCCCUUUUCAUGUCAUGUUUGUGAGAAAAAAUUUACCCGACAAGCACAUUUAAUUGCUCAUAAACGAAUACAUACUGGAGAAAAACCAUACGCAUGUAACGUUUGUGAGAAAAAAUUUAACCAAGAACAAAAUUUAAUUCGACAUAAACGAACACAUACUGUGGAAAAGCCCUUUUCAUGUCAUGUUUGUGAGAAAAAAUUUACCCGACAAGCAAAUUUAAUUAUGCAUAAACGAACACAUACUGGGAAAAGCCAUUUUCAUGUGAAGACUGUGGCCUAG